AGUCAGUCGUACUUAAUAUUCGAACAGAUACGGUCGGUUUUAAUGAAAACAAAAUAUAAAUUAGAAUUACACGCGCGAGCGAGCGAGCGAGCGACACUGGUGACAUUCGGUGAGGAGGAUCGUUUAUGAUAUUUUUUUUUGGUUUUUUGGAGAAAGAUUUUUUUUUUUUGAAUGUCAGUGAGUAAUAGAUUCCUCUGGAAGAGACCUUUUUUUGAGGUGAUCUUUUCAAAGUUUGCCGAGAUCGCCUUCGGGGCAGUAGUAUUUUGUCUAGUACCCGUCUAACGUUCGCACGUUCUCUUCCGGCAGUGUCGAACUUGCUGAGCUUUAUGUGUGAGUGUUUAAGUGCUAGAUUACGGCAACAUUACGUCUAGCUGCUCGCAUUUUGCCGUUUUGCCGAUUCCGAUUCGGCUGUGCCGAACCCGAGCGGGAACCCUCAGUCGUGAGAAAUUGAUACGGCGCGGCCCGGAAAUGUAGAUUUAUGUGAAUAGAAGAGGGCAACAAAACACAAAUUCACACACAUACACUAGGAAUAGGAGGAAAGCUGAUCGUUUUUCUUCGGGUUGGAGUUUCGGCGCGCGUGCGCACACGUUCGAUCACGUUCGGACCGCUCGGUGCUGCUGCGAUACACUUUGGUGGGUCUUCCGGACCAGGAACCGCGAACUAGUUCGUGCUGAGUCAGUGAUACCGCCAUCUGUUUGUUGUUGUGAUCUAUGAAGAAUUGAUGCGAUUGCGUUCGUUGUGGGAACUUCGUGCAGAACUACGGUUCAACGUGAGUUACAUGUUUUUUGGUGUGAAUUUCCAGUGCUAACGUUGGGUCGUUUGAAGAAAGUGUUGAUCGAAAGGUGUGUAAAGGUUCCCCGCGAAACCCAACAUUAAACCCCGGUUGAGGAAAUUAAAGUGCAGCGUGCCGCGACAAUUUGCAUCCAAUCAGUGGAGCAACAUUUUUCAUCCCGAAUUUCGGUCAGCACUCCAAGGAUCAUAACUCAGAGCGCGGUAACGUCCGUACGGCUGUCCUGCGUCCACCUUGUGCCCUGUCCUGCAACAGCCGCAACAGUUCCUGUGGAAAGAAAAAUGGACGAACGAUCGCGGCCUCGAUAAAUCUGUGAUAAUGUCACGCUCUUCCCCAGCAUCUGUAUUAGCGUUAAGUAGUGUACCUGAGUAGUGUUAGUAAUAAAAAAAUAAAAUAAUGGAUAGUUUGUGAUAGUGGCCACCGCCCCCACCCCUCACAAUCAAGAAUGAACAGAGCAUCUAGCCCGUAUGGUUGUGGACAUCUAGGAUCAAGGAACGUCUCAUGCAUAGUAGAGCGUGCCAGUUGUUGGUCGUUUCCACGUCCUCGACGACGACAACAACGGGACCACCGCAACGAGAAUGAACCAGGUUCAGAGUGAUCUAGUGACGUCCGUAACAUUAUCAGCCACAAAAACAGCAACCGCAGCCAAACAAACGAGUAACAUCAUCAACGGCAUCGUCGGCGGCAAAACCGCAAAUGCCAACAAUCUCCUCAGUACCAAAUCAGCAGCAGCAGCAGCAGCAACACUCCACAACAACAACAACAACAACAGUCUCAACAGCAGGAACCAGAACGUAACGUCCGGACCGGUCAGCAACAGCCACGGUGCGCACAGUGUUAUUCAUAUGACAAACGUCAGUGUGCCGCAGAAGCUUCUGGUCCCGAAUGGGAAAUCGCAGGCCCCGGCAGCGCCCUCGGCACCCGAUGCCCGCGCCAAGCAGGUCCUAAAGGAGGCAGUCGAUGCCGUUGUAAAUAGCUUCGCCAAACACACCCAGGGAUACGGUCGAGUCAAUGUCGUCGAGGCGCUGCAAGAGUUCUGGCAGAUGAAGGCAGCGCGGGGAGCCGACCUGAAGAAUGGCGCCCUUGUGAUAUACGAAUCGAUCCCGUCCACGAGUCAACCGUACGUCUGCUACGUCACCUUGCCCGGCGGCAGCUGUUUCGGAAGUUUUCAGAAUUGUCCCACUAAAGCCGAAGCCCGACGAUCAUCCGCCAAGAUAGCUUUAAUGAAUUCCGUAUUCAACGAGCAUCCGUCCCGCCGGAUCAGCGAUGACUUCAUCGAGAAGGCGGUCCUGGAGGCGCGGGCGUCCUUCAAGGGGGAAAACACAGAGGAGGACGGACCGGACACGGGAAUCGGUGCCUUCAGGUUCAUGCUGGAAACCAACAAAGGUCGAACGAUGCUCGAGUUCCAGGAGCUGAUGACCGUCUUCCAGCUGCUCCACUGGAACGGUUCGCUCAAGGCUAUGCGCGAGAGGCAAUGUUCCCGGCAGGAGGUGGUCGCACACUACUCGAACCGCUCGUUGGACGACGAAAUGCGCCAGCAGAUGGCGCUGGACUGGAUCGAGCGGGAAAACGAAAACCCCGGACUGCUGAGUAGGGAGCUGGCGAUCGCCGAAAGAGAACUAGAGACUGCUCGGCUGGCAGGACGAGAACUGCGGUUCCCCAAGGAGAAGAAGGACAUCCUCCAGAUGGCGCACAACCAGCUCAACGUUGGCAGCAAUAUCAACAGUUGAACAGCAGGGCACGUGGUGUUUUUGAGUAGACAUUAGUUGAUGUAGGAUCAAAAUUCGAUUAAGAUAUUUGUAUUCCAAGAAGUGCAUCUUUUGCUAUGAUUGCUCUUUGUAUAACAAUGACAUUGGUCUCGUGCUUGCUUUUUGGAAUCAUAAAAUGUGAAAAUUCCUUAUUAAUUUAACGGAUUUGUUUUUAUGCAUUAAUGAUUACGUUUUUUGUUUGAUAUAUAGUUUUAUUGUAGAAGCAAACGAAGCAAGCAACAAGAUAACAUUUUCGAAUAACUUAUAAUCAAUAACGAACAACCAGAACAUAAGCUCAAGUAAAUGUGAUUUUUAUUUCCAUACUUAUACGACAUAAAAGUAACAUUCCAUAGCCGGUAUAACUGUGAACAACAUUUUUAAUUGGUGGUGGUGUUAAUUUGUUUACAAAUUGUCUACUUUUUAUGCUCUAACCUUUUUUUUAACCUAUCACUACUACUCGAUGCUUCAACUACAAUUAUAAUAGCAAACAAAAUCUACAAAAUAUUCCCAUCUAUAGUAAUGACAGCACAAGCAAUAGUUAAGAAUAGCAUAUAAUCGAGAAGGAAAAAUAAAUAAAACAAAAAUAAACACAUAGACAAUAGUACCAACCCAUACUAAUGUACAUACAAUAAGCGUCAGCCUGUUUGUUGAUCUGAACUGUUUCAUUACAGCUUUUUUUUACUUUACCUACCACAUAUCAAACCUGUAUCUUUUAGAAAAUUUUAAUAAGACACAACCAAGACACACAACCUGAGGAAAACUGUAAGAGCAAUGUUGCAUUCUCGAGGCAAAACAAUUUUUAUCUUUUUUUGAUGAGCAAAAAGUUUUAUUUAUCCAAACAAAAAAUGUGAUUUUUAUUGAGUGGAAAACAUAGCUAGAAAAAUUUUAAAUUUUGAGCAAUCAAAAAGUUUUAAUUUAUUUUUAUAAAACAAACGAAAUGAAGCAGUAUAUUUACAACUAAAAAUUACUAGUUUAGAAAAUGUUUUUAAUUGCAAUUACAAAACCCCCCCUUUCGGCCAAAUUUAAUCUUAAAAUUUAGACGAAGAUUGUGAUUUAUGCGUUAAACUAAAUUUUAAUUAAUAUUUUAACUGUAAUCAACCGCCAACCGGACGGUGUUUUAAUUCUAGUAUUAACAACCACAAAAAUCGUGGCAAACCGACACGACAAAAUGGCAGAAAGAUAACACAAACGAAAAAAAAAAUAAAUGGAAAGAGAAAAAAAACACGUUAACAACAGUGUGAGGGCAUUUGUGUAGUACCAUGAUAAACCAGCGUAAACAGAUCAAGAUCAGAUGCGUUCACUUUAGUGGUUUGCCCGUCGUUGAAAUGUAAAAAUACGGUUUUAAUGGAAAAAGGCGUGAAUAAAUAGUUUCGUUUUGAAUAAAC